AAGAUCUGCGACUCUUGUUUCUCUCUCUUUGUUUCGGUGGUGCGUGACUGCUUCAACCCUCUUUCUUCUCUUCUCUUCUCUUCAAUCGAAGUCUCCAACUGUUUCCUCUGCUCAGUUCCCCAACUCCUUAGGAAUUGAAGCAGCGGAGGAGAUGGCGAGUCGCAUGAAGGAAGAUGAGAAGAACGAGCGCGUGAUUCGGGGUCUUCUCAAGCUUCAACAUAAUCGCAGAUGCAUUAACUGCAACAGUCUGGGACCACAAUAUGUGUGCACAAACUUCUGGACGUUUGUUUGCACAAACUGCAGUGGAAUACAUCGGGAAUUCACUCAUCGAGUAAAAUCAGUUUCAAUGGCUAAGUUUACUUCACAAGAAGUUAGUGCACUUCAAGAAGGAGGCAAUCAGCGUGCAAAAGAAAUUUAUUUUAAAGAAUGGGAUGCCCAACGUCAUUCUUUCCCCGAUAGCAGUAAUGUUGACAGGCUCCGAGACUUUAUUAAGCAUGUUUAUGUGGAUAGAAGAUUCACUGGAGAUAAGACCAAUGACAAACCACCAAGAGCCAAGCCGGGUGACAAGGAUGAUUUUUAUCAAGGAGGAUCUAGAAGCCCUCCCUAUGAGGACACAUAUGAACGCCGUUAUAAUGACAGAUCUAGUCCAGGUGGAAGAAGUCCUGGAUAUGAUCAAGAAAGUAGGCAAUAUGGUGAUUAUAAGAAAAGUCCUGGUCGUCCUCCACUAAUUAAUGAUUGGCGUCGUGAAGAUCGCAGAACAUCUGAUGGAGAUUAUAAGUUGGAAAGCCAAUCUCCUGAGAGAGCCAAAGAUGUGGAUUCUUCCAGCCCACCUGUGGUCCGACCUGUUAGAGAUAUUUUGGGAGAAAAUGUGGUGCCUCUUCGGAUAAGUGAACCACCCAAACCAAACAGUGGAAGACCUGCUGAUAGCUCAGCACCGACACAGAGAACUAUAUCUUCCAGUAGCUUGGCUUCUGGCAAUGAAAACCCAGUAGAUGUUAAGCUUGAGACUACUAAGAGCCUUAUUGAUUUUUAUGCUGAUCCUGAGCCUCCAGUAGCUCCAUCAAAUCUUCAAGCCCAACAAACUACUGUACCUCAACCUGUUGUGCAGCCAGCAAACUCCAGUAAUGACAAUUGGGCCUCUUUUGAUGUUGCUCCUGCAACAAGUGCAACUCCAAGCUCCUCAAAUUUAAAUCCACUUGAAUCGAUGUUGUCCCAAUUGUCUGUGCCAGCAUCUUUACCUGCUCAAGUUUCUGGAGUCCAAGGACCUAUUCCAUCAUCAUCUCUUACUUCUACUUCUGGAGUUGCAAGUGUUAGCGGUUUCUCAGCUUUCCCACCCAGCAAUGCUUCUGUACCAUCUCCUGGAUUGACAUCAGUGUCGCCUCUUAAUAAUGCAGGACAAUGGGCCAAUUUACAGCAGCAGAAACAACCAUUGUUCCCCGCUGCUGUUGGUCAGUCUAUUGCACAACAAUUUACACCCCUAUUAGGUGGAGCAGCAAAUAAUCAGCCAUGGAAUGUACCUUCUGCACCCACAGUGCAAGGGCAUCCAAGCACACCAAUGCCACAUACGUACCCUUAUGCUUCAAAGCCUGCCAAUGAGGCUAUAUCCAGUGUUGUUUCACAACCUCCGGCUUCAGAAGUUAAAGCAAGUGGAAGGAAAGAACUUCCUGAGGAUCUGUUCACUGUAAAAUAUUCUUCCUUCCCUGCUCCAGUCGUAGGUUGGCAAAUGGGUGUUCCCCAUGGCAUGGGUAUCUCAAUGCAAUACAAUAAUGUGGUGCCUGUGCCAAGUUUUCCACAGCCAUCAAAGUCAAUAAAUCCAUUUGAUGUCAGCAGUGAACCUACCGCAAAUCAAGCCCCAACUUUUCCUUCCAUGUCAUCCUUGCAAGGUGCCCUGCCUGGGGUACCACCUCCUGGUGCAGUGCACCCUUCAAGCAUGGGUAAUCCAACACAUGGCUGGACUCCUCUGUCAUCAUCAUUUCUGCCUGCACAGACACAAAUGCGUGCAACUGCAUUGGGACCAAGGCCAUAUAUGGGGCAACAAAUGCCGACUAACAUGCCAAUGCCAAGGCAAGAAGUUGGGAAUUUUGGUAACCAAGGAGCUGUUUUCGGUUUGUCAAAUCCAGAUCAGCAGCUGACUGGUAGGUUAUCAAACACUCCCACCUCUAACUCAUUCCCUACAGGAGGGAACCCAUUCGGAUAAUGUGAACAAUUGUCCACCUGGAAAUGUAAAGUCACGCAUCUACUUGUUGCUCCUUGUACAAAUAUGUGCAAGUUUCGGCUUGGGUUUCUAUUGUCAGUCAGAUUGAUACACAUACGCAUUAUGAGGGGUUUGCGGUAAUCCCUGGAUCGAAGUCAAAUAUUUGCAUUUGGCCGUGUAAAUUGUUAUUUCUAUAGGAAUGAAGACAAAAUCUACCUUCUUGGAAGAGGUUAAUUUGUUAUUAUGAAAGGCUAAUAUGCUGCUGCCGUAGGGGCUGUUGUGCUGUAGAGAAUCCAAGUCCCUUGGAAGAGGGGAAAGGAGUGAGAUAAAGAAGGGAUGAAUGAAAGGGGUGCAGAGAACCAUUCGAGGAGACAUGAUUUUUUUUGCUUCUUAUUUUUGGGUGCACCCAUGUGUUGUUCAUUUGUAAUUUGUAGUAUAGAUUGGUUGGUGGUGUUUGCUAGUUUGAUGCACCCUACUUGUGUUAUAUUUUUGGUUUUACUAUAUUGUAUGAUUUGUAAUCUCACAAUUUUGGUAAGGUUUUUCUUUUUUAUGGAUAGUACAUGAAAUGAAAUCAUCUUAUUGUUUUUUUU